AUGACCCUUCUCGUGGAUUCGGGUGCAUCACAGAACUUUAUGAAACUAGCGGCUCUGAAAAAGAGUCCGGCGAGUUAUGAGUCGCUUUGCCAGGAUGGCAAGCGAGAAGAGGCGAUCGUUCGUUUAGCGAACGAUGCGCUCGUAAAAUCAGAGGUAGUACAAGUUGAACUCGCCUUCAGUUUCAGUGACUUCUCCUGUAAAGAGAAGUUCACAGUGCUAGGUAUGGAGAGUCCGUAUGACCUCAUCCUAGGCAUGCCUUGGUUGGCUAAACACCAACCAUGGAUAGACUGGCGUACACGCACAGUCGCUAGCUCUACGCAAGACACCGGAAAGGAUGUGCUCUUGCGAGAAGCUUAUGUGGAUGAUGCUUGUCCAACACAGUCGAGGGUCGAAAAGUCUGGUGGGGUGAAUGGGGAGAUGGCAAGUAGUCAUGCGCUCAAUAGUCCUGCACAGAGCCGAGAGCCUGUGGCAGUUGAUAGUGGGCUGUUAGGAAGUCAAGCGCCACAAGAACCGACACAGAGCCAUGGGCCUGGUGCGGUUGGAAGGAGUGCGUUGGCUGAUACAACAACGACACCUUCUUUUAGGUCAAAGGUUGUGGUGACUCGAAGAACGAGCACCAGACGUAUUAAGACGAUCAAGGGCACGUCGAAACGAAAGACCCUUGGAUCAGUCUCGGUCCAAGAGGACGGACCUACGAACGAGUUGUUCGAGGCCGUCGAAGACAAAAUGCCGGAGGCAUCCUCAGUUGAGGUGCUCCAACUUGUCUUGGCAUCUGCCGAGGAGAUAGUAUAUCUCUCGGAGAUGACGUGGGAUCUAUUCCUGUCCGAACUAAAGGAAGGAAAGAUCCACGAGAUAGUCGCACCAGUUCCAGAAGAGAACGUGGUGGACUGUUGCUCUUCAUCCACAAUGGAUAAGAGCAUCUUGGAGACCGACAUAAAGGAGGGGUUCGCUGUUCAAGGCUGGGACGCUUUGAAGGACAGUCCUCUACCGUUCUAUGAUGUUCUGUGGCAACACCGUGAUGUGUUUCCAGCAGAAGUGCCGAGCCGCCUACCGGCCGAUAGAGGCAUCAGGCACGAAAUUGACCUGGAGCCUGGCACCAAGUAUUGUGUGACCAAGCAAUGGCCGUUGCCGAAGGAACAAGUCGAUUACAUCGAUGAGUUCUUCGACAAGCGAGCUAAGGCGGGAAAUGUACGUGCGAGUAAGUCGCCUCACUUCAGCCCGACCUUCUGUGUGCGUAAAGCCACGGGUGGAUGGCGCGUGGUUCAUGCUUAUAAUAAGCUGAACACAGCCACCAUUCCGGCCCAAACGCCGAUCCCGCGGAAAGAUGUUUUGUUGAAUUCCAUGGGAAAGUCAACUAUCUUUUCCGCGAUGGAUCUGAAGGAUGGCUACUAUCAGGUUCUCAUGAGAGAUACUGAUGUAGCCAAAACGGCAGUAAGCACCCCAAGCGGUAUGCUGUGGGAGUGGCUUGUGAUGCCACAAGGGUUGAAAAAUGCUCCGGCAACAUUCAACCGAGCGGUGGCUCACGUGAUGCGUCAGCACCGUGCCUAUGCGUCCCAUUACUUUGACGAUGUAUUCGUGCAUAGUAGGGCGGAGGACGGUAUGAGCGCAAUAGAGUCGCACAAUCGUCAUUUAGACGCUGUGUUGCAGACUAUGGGUGACGCCCAAUUAUACGUGAACUUGGAAAACCCAGAAAAGGUAAAGGCUGUAAAGGAAUCGCCAGUCCCACGACACGUGAAGGAUCUGCGCCAAUUCCUUGGGCUCGCUAAUUACUUGCAUAAGUACAGCAAGAAUUAUGCGGAGCAGACCAAGCCAUUGUCUGAACUUUUGAAAAAGGAUACAGAAUGGACUUGGCCAAAGGAGCAAGAAGAUGCGUUCACAUCAGUGAAGCAAUCUAUUGUUGAGACACCGGUCUUGGCAUUGCCAGACGCGAAUAAUCCCUUUAGCGUCGUCUGCGAUGCAAGCAAUUUUGCAAUCGGCAGCGCGCUCAUGCAGAAGGAUGACAACGGCGUUGACCGUGUCAUAUCUUAUCAGUCUCGGCUUUUAAAAGCCGCAGAGCUGAAUUACCCUGUGCAUGACAGGAGCUACUUUCAAUUUUAA